AUGAGUCUGAACAUCGCAGUAAAACUGAUUUGUGGAAACCAAAUACGUAAGCUCAAGCAAGCUCCUCAAACAAUUCAAGAGCUUUACCAAGAAGUCAACAAGCUGUUCGCCACCACUAAGUAUCGCUUCAAGUAUAUGGACGAGGAAGGAGAUUUAAUCACAAUCUCGACAACCACAGAAUUGAGAGAUGCUUAUCUGGCAGCUUCAGAUUUGGGCGCUUUAAGCCUUAAAAUACUAUUAGAAGAAACCAAUGAACCUUUAUCUUCAACAGAAGUCUCUAGUGAUGUCACCAAGGAAGACUACACAGUCUUGAGCUCAGAUGAAGUUGAAGAAAUUAAAGAAUCAGAUAGUGAAGAAGAAACCAAAGAAGAGAUCAAAGAAGAAGAAAAGAUUGAUUAUGAAAUAACCGCCGAAUACGAGGAAAAAGUCAGAGAACUGAUCAGAGAAAGACUGAGAAAAAAGGUUGGACUUUCUGGAACAAAUAUCGUGUGGGAAGGGGUUUAUUGUGAUGGCUGUGGAGAAACUCCAUUGAGAGGUCCAAGAUUCCAAUGCACUGUAUGUGAAGACUAUGAUCUGUGCGAAGUGUGUGAAGGACUUAUUCCUCAUGAUCAUCCAUUUUUGAAAGUUAAAAACCCUAACCAGUCAGUGUUUUAUAUUUCAGUGAAUUUAGAAGAAAAGGAUGUUGGAAAGACAUGAAAAAAUUUCCAAAAAUUCAUAUCAAAAACCAAGCCGAAAAUGCAAGUUUUGAGUGUUCCGAUGGCAAGUGAGGAACAGUACGAAGUUGGGUCAAAUUUCAAAAAGGUUUGGAAAGUAAAAAAUUGUGGAAAUGAGCCUUGGCCAGAGGGGACUUUACUUGUGCAUUUGUCAGGAGAACUUAAAGGAGAUAGUGUAUAUGUUCCUCCUGUUAAAGCUGGGAAGGAGAUUGAUCUAGAGGCAACUGUGAAAGUGCCUGAAAAGGAAGGAAAAUAUAUAGCUGAAUGAACUUUAAUUACCCCUCAUGGGAUCAAGUUUGGAAAUAAGCUUAGUGUUGCAGUUCAAGCUAUAAGAAAUAACCCUGUAUUUCAAAGAAAUCUUGAAACUCUAAUAACGCUGGGCUUUCCUGAAGAAGAAGCACGCAAGUCGCUAUCAAAAUAUCCAAAUGAUCUCGAUGCUGCUGUAUUAGAUAUAGUCCAAAAUACAGCUUAA